AUGGCCUACUUCCGCAUAACGCUGAUGCGAUCGGGCAUCGGUAUGCCCAAGAAGGUCCAAGGCGUUCUCCACGCCCUUGGCCUGAAAAAGCGCAUGACCACCGUCUACUACCCAGUCAGCCAAUCCAUCGCGGGUCAGAUAAUGCGCAUCAAAGAGUUAGUAGAUGUGAAAGAAGUGGAACACAUGAGGACAAAAGAGGAGAUGCGCGCUGCGAGACGGCCGGACAAGGGUUACUAUAUUGAGAAGAGGUCGGAACAGAUGGAGUUGUAA